CACCACCGCACCCGCCUUCACCACCACUCACAGUCUCACAUAUCCACCGCACUACGGCAGUGGGAUUGAGUGGAAGUAUAGUUUAGUAUAGUAUUGCUAGUGUAUGCAGCUACGUGGCUUGACUUGAAGAAAUGAGCGUGCUCAUACCCACCAAGUAAGUAUUCCAAUGAAGCUAAACUCAUCGCCUUCGAUCGCCAUUGAAGUGCCUAACUCUAUCCAUCAUUCUCUAGUCGUGCACAUAUAAAAGCAAUCCUUAGCUUACUGAUCGUUACUUCAAGCCUUCAGGUGUUUCAUUCAUUCAAACUAAGCAUGAAAGCCAUUUCAAAUUUCUUGGCAUCCGCGGUUCUCUUCCUUAUGAUUAUUACAGCUAGUGCUGAUGAGACGAGCAACAGUAGCCGAGUUUAUAUCGUGUACAUGGGAUCUGCAGCUCCAAACUCUUUAACCAGCGCCACAGCUUCCUUGAGGACAGACCAUGCUCACCUCCUCACUCUUCUGACGAAAAGGAAAGCAAAUGCGUUGGUGCACAUAUACAGACAUGGCUUCUCAGGAUUCGCAGCUCGGCUAUCAGAGAAGGAGGCACUGUCCAUGGCGCAAAAACCCGGAGUUGUAUCUGUUUUUCCUGAUCACUUGUUGAAACUACACACCACUCACUCCUGGGAUUUCCUCAAGUAUCAGUUAGAAAUCGACUCAAUUCCUCACAGUAUAUCCGAGAAUGAUGAUGCUGCUGGUAAUGACAUACCACCGGACUCUAAAGGAUCUGACACCAUUAUCGGUAUUUUAGACACAGGUAUUUGGCCGGAGUCGGAGAGUUUUAGUGACAAGGGUAUGGGUCCGAUACCAUCUAGGUGGAAGGGAACGUGCAUGAAGGGACCUGAUUUUACUUCAUCCAGCUGUAAUAGGAAGCUGAUAGGAGCAAGAUUUUACAACUCCGAUGAAGUAAUAGCAGACAACGAUUCACCAAGAGAUUUUGUGGGGCAUGGUACGCAUGUUUCAAGCACAGCGGCAGGGAGUGUCGUACCGGGUACGUCCUACUAUGGCUUAGCUGCUGGGGCGGCCAAAGGAGGCUCCCCUAGUUCAAGGAUCGCGCUGUAUAAAGUAUGCACAUCAGAGGGUUGCUAUGCCUCGGCAAUUUUGGCAGCAUUUGAUGAUGCUAUUAGUGAUGGGGUGGAUGUUCUAUCUUUGUCCCUUGGUUCCUCAAUUUAUCAGCCAGAUUUGAGCAGCGACCCCAUUGCAAUGGGAGCUUUCCAUGCAGUGGAGCAGGGGAUUAUAGUCAUCUCCUCGGCAGGAAAUGAUGGACCAGACCGUGGAACAGUUGCCAACUUUGCACCUUGGCUAAUGACUGUUGCUGCCUCUACCAUCGAUCGGAACUUCAGGUCUGAUGUCAUCUUGGGGGGAAACAAAGUGAUCGAGGGAGUAGGCAUAAAUUUUUCUAGUCUCCAGAAGGUUCCUGUGUACCCACUGAUAUAUGCAGCAUCAGCGAAGACAGCAGACGCUGAUGAAUCCAACGCAAGAAACUGCGACGAACGAUCGUUGGACGGAAAAAUGAUCAAGGGAAAGAUUGUUAUCUGCGACACAGAUGUUCCUUUUUAUACUACCGAUGACCAAGUCGAAAUGGUGGAGAGUCUCGGCGCAAUAGGUGUAGUGUUUACCAGGGAUGAUCGCAUCGGGACAAUAGCAGACACAUAUGGAGCAUUUCCAGCAACCGCCAUCAGUUUAAAGGAUGCCAAAGACAUCUUCUCCUACAUCAACUCAACCAGAAACCCAGUUGCAACAAUCAUACCAACGGAGACCGUGACAAAGUAUAGACCCGCGCCCAUAGUUGCAUAUUUUUCAUCUAGAGGCCCUUCAGCUGCCACAAAUAACUUACUGAAGCCUGAUAUUGCAGCACCUGGUGUGAACAUUCUUGCAGCUUGGACUGGCAAUGACACAGCGGUUACUCCAGCCGGAAAAGAGGCCCCAAAAUUCAACGUGCUCUCAGGGACUUCAAUGGCAUGCCCACAUGUUUCUGGCAUAGCAGCCUCUGUCAAAUCUCAAAACCCCUCAUGGAGUCCAUCCGCCAUCAGAUCAGCCAUCAUGACAACAGCAACUCAAAUAAACAAUUUAAAAACCCAAAUUACUACAGAUUCAAGUUCUAUAGCCACACCAUAUGACUAUGGUGCAGGGGAAGUAACAUCAACCGGACCGCUACAUCCAGGGCUGGUAUAUGAAACCGACACCAUUGACUACUUGAACUAUCUCUGCUAUUAUGGGUUUGACACGUCCAAACUCACAAACCUUGCUAGAACUAUUCCAAAAGGUUUUUCUUGCCCCAAGGACUCCAAGGCCGAUUACAUAUCCAACAUCAACUACCCAUCAAUAGCAAUCUCAAAAUUCAAUGGAAAAGAAAGCAGAAAUAUAAGCAGGAUGGUUACAAAUGUUGCAGGAGAUGGUGAUAUUGUUUUCUUAGCAAUCGUGGAUGCACCUAAAGAUCUAAGUGUCAAAGUGAUUCCUGAUAAACUACAUUUUUCUAAGCACAACCAAAAGCUUAGUUAUCAAGUGAUUUUCUCUUCAACCAUACCUCUUCCCAAGGAAGACAUGUUUGGGUCACUUACAUGGAGCAAUGGACAAUAUAAAGUCCGAAGUCCAUUCGUUGUAAGUAUUUGAAAAUUGAC